AUGUUACUUUCAAAGUAUUCAUCAUCAAGACAAAUUUAUUCCAAAAUAAUUGAACGAACAAUUCUAACUCGUUCAGCGUCUUCUACAACGAAAACGACGAAUCAAAAACAAUAUGCAACACCAUUAUCAUUAGAUCCAGAUUUUCGUGCACCACCUGAUGAUGAAUUACCACGUGCUAAAGAACCCGAAAUGAAAGGAAUAACAUUUAAUAUUCGUGACUUUUAUAAAAAUUAUUUUCCCAAUGAUCCAGUUGAAGCACGUUUACCAACACCAUGGCAUAUGGAUAUCUAUUAUCGUAAACAAUAUUAUUUAAUUGGUGCUUUACUUGGUGUUUUGUUUGGUAUAUUUGUUUCAUAUCGACGUAUACGAGUUGAUCGUGCACGUAAACGUGAUUGGGAAAAACAUCAUGGUGAUCCAAUAAGUUAUUAUGAUACUGUAGGUCCAAUUAAUCCAAGUGUUACAAGAAAAGUUUGGGAUGAUCAUCCUAAUUUACCACGACCACAAGGCUGGGUAUCGAAACAUCAUCCAGAACAAGAACUACAUUAG